AUGGCCUAUGAAGGCUUAGGGCCUGGCUCAAGUUGUGUCCAGGCCAGAGCAGGGCUUUCAGGCCACAGCUUUCAGGUCAUCCACAUAUGGUGCUGCGCGUCUAUUCCGACGGCAAGGAACCACCUACUAGUACGGCACGCCCUAAACAUGUUGCUGUGCCAUCAGCGAAGGCGGGCUCACAAUGAUGCAAGUCAUGCUGCCAAUGCUCCUUCUGCAUCUCCUACAAGUUCUCAUAGCCACAAAGUCACCAUCGUUGAGGUUGACGAUGACAACAAUGAUAUCGAGCUGACGGGCAGCACACACAAAAAGCGACUGAUGAAAGGCAAAAAACGAGCUUAUAGCCCUGAUCCUCCCGAACACGCAAAUGAGACUGAACACGAUGCAAGUCCAUCAACUGUGAACGCACCGCAUGCAACUAGUUCAGCAAACCACUCUGAUGAAGUUGAUGCUGAUGGCUUCCUCAAGGAUGUUCAAGUCAUGAGCAUCGACGAGGCCUCUGAAAACCCACGUCAAGAGCAGUGA